AUGGCCUUCCUGCGACGGCAGAGCCGUUUGCAGCGCCCGGUACAUGCAGCUGAAGAGAGCGAUAGCAGUCGCAAGUGGCGCGUCGUUGAUCUGGCCCUCUUCCAUGCGUUGCACGGCGGCACGGUGGCGAACAUGGUGCCUGCCCUCACUGGCUUCUCUUUCGACAUGCGCAAGGACUCAGAGAGGAGAGCUGGCUGGAAGUGCGAGACGGUCCUGGAGGGAAUUCCAGAGGACCGUCUACUGUGGAACAUCGCGAAGAAACAUGGGUACACCACCCUCUUUGGUGCCACCGGGUGCAAUGGGUUCCUGGGCACACGGUACUGCCGCAAGUGGCUGGAGCAGUUCGAUCGAGUCGUCCCGAGCCUCGAGAUCGACCCGAACUGCCACUCGCAACACGAGUUGCGGGCACUUAUGUUCGACAGGGACGGAAAGCGCGGCUGCAUAGGGAAGAAAAGGCCGUCGAAGCACUUGCUGGACUACUUCCUCCGCUUCCAGGAGAUCCAUACGGACAGACCCAUCUUCGCCUACUUGCAUCUCGAGGCGUCCCACGAAUCUCAGCAUGCGCUGCAGUUGAUCGAUGAGGCGCUUGCGGAGCAUCUGCAGGGCCUUAGCAGGCUUCCGCCAGAAGCACGGCCCAUUGUGGUCCUUGCCGGGGACCAUGGGCCUCCCAACGAGUGCGAUGAGAAAUCUCCUCUGGUCUCUCUGUUGAUCCCAGAGGCCCGCCUCCCGGACAAGGGCUGCACAGGUGGCGUCGGGACCUGUGGGCAGACGCAGAUCCCAAGCAACAUCACAGGGACCCUACGGAAAACGAUGCAGGAGAACGCUCGGCUGUGGAGGAGGUCCAUCUGGAACCUGGAGCACAACCGCUUUGUGAUUUCAUCCUGGUAUGACAUGUACGCAACCCUGCGCCACCUCAUGUCGGGGCAAGAUCCAGGAGGUGCUGCGCAGAACGAGCGGCAGUGGGAUGCACCGGACCACCGGGCCCAGUCCCUCCUGACCAAGCUCCCUCGUCAAAGGACCUGCACCCAAGCGGGCGUCCCGGAGUGGCACUGUGGCUGUGCCCGGACCUGGGUAGGCUACUGCCCGCUGGCCCAGCGCGGGCAGUGGGCCGUCGCUGAAAGAGCACUCAACGAGGUGAACCAGCUGGUCGCCACGGCUGGCUCCAAGUUCCGCGUGGACGCGAGCGUGUGCCAGCACAUUGGGUUGGAGGAAGUGCUUUCGUGCGAGAUGCACCUUCCCAGCUACCAACGGAUUCAGGAAAACCUUCAAGGAGCCGGCAACCAGGAAAGGACCAUCCUCCGCAUUCGAAUGCUGACGACGGUCGGCAUGGAGUUUGAGUUCUGCGCCUACAUGCGCUUCAAGUCCUUGUCUGGCCAUCUUCAGGACGUUGAAGGCUAUGUGGACGAGCUCUUGCAGCUCUUCCCAAGGUCUCGCUACCGGCCCAAUGAGAAGUGUACACCCCAAAACCUUGACCCCGCGUUCUGCGCGUGCGGGGACCAGGCGGAGCUGCGCAAGCGGCCUGCCAUUGAUGAGGACCUGCCGACAAGUCCAACAUGA